GCAUCAAAGUCUUGGAAUCUUGUGGCCCACGAGUUGUGACGCUCUUUAAUCGUGUUUGAACAUAACUGAUUCCAGGUAACACGCAGUGAUCUGAACACUUUGCUUGCAACAGCAAAACCCGUUGCCCACCCUCACUGCUGGGCUACAGUUUGUAAUGGGGCCCCUGCUGAGUUAGUAGGACGCUUGGAAGCAGAGUGCAUCCCCUCUAACCAUGGGAGGAUGUGUGGGGAGAUACUGGGAACGAUGGGAUGAUGCACAGAGCAGAGGCUCUUCCAGGAACGGUGGUCGUGGAGCUCGUAACGAGCCACUAAAGAAAGAUCGACCCAAGUGGAAGAGCGACUACCCGAUGACCGAGGGCCAGCUGCGGAGCAAACGUGACGAAUUCUGGGACACUGCGCCCGCUUUUGAUGGCCGCAAGGAGAUCUGGGAUGCCCUAAAGGCCGCCGCAGUGGCUCUGGAGUGUAAUGACCACGAGCUGGCGCAGGCCAUCGUCGACGGGGCCAGUAUCACCCUGCCACACGGUACUCUGACGGAGUGUUACGACGAACUCGGCAAUCGCUAUCAGCUACCCGUCUACUGUCUCGCUCCACCCGUCAACCUCAUUUCAGAGCGCAGCGACGACGAUCACAGCGACAGUCCCCAGCUCUCGGUAGCGCCGAAGAAGGAAUUUCAGCUGAAGGUGCGCCUGUCCACAGGCAAGGACCUGCGCCUGAGCGCCAGCAUGACGGACACUAUUGGUCAGCUGAAGAAGCAGCUGCACGCCCAGGAGGACAUCGAGGCCGCCCACCAGCGCUGGUUCUUUUCGGGCAAACUCCUUACGGACAAGACACGGCUGCAAGACACCAAGAUCCAGAAGGACUUUGUCAUUCAGGUCAUUGUCAACCCUCAGGCACACCCCAAGAUGUCACCUACAACCACCACCCCCACCCCAACCCCCGCCGCCGCCGCCGCCACCAGCAGCAGCAGCCCUGAAUCGGAGUAGUUGAGGUCAAAAACCAAAGCAGUGUGGAGCAUUUUAUUCUUCAAAACGGAUGAAGCCAGCACAACUCAUGCAUACUCUGGCCGUUGCCCUUUUAUCUGAACUAAAGCUUGCCAGGUGCCAAUGGGGAGAACGCGAGGUGGCGUUUAUGUGCGCGUCAGCAGACUCUAAAACGUCGCUGCGAUCCUACUUCUUUCCAAGGGGAAGGCAGAAAGCAGGACAACAAUCUCCUUUAAUAUUUUCUUAUAUUGUGAAAAUGUUGUUAAUUGCGCGUGGGUUUUUUUUGCACAUUUUAAGAGAACUUUUGUAGGAGUUUGUGUGCCUUCUGCAAUACGAAACAAAAAAGGGGUUCAUAUCCACAUGGAUAGUAUAUUUGCUGGUCUAAAAACUCAAUCCGAGCUAGGUUGCGUGCAUUUAUCCACGUGCGAGUGCAUACUUGCAGAAAUAUAUCACCCUCACGUUAUUACAUAUCUUCUUCAGGAACUGCAGUCGCUUAUUCAGGAAAUCAAGAAUUCCUAUCCAAAUAGGAUGUAAUGUCUGUUCCUGACACUCCCAAGGGCCUUUUCGUUUCGUUUGAGCUGUACUUGCCCCCACCAGUCCGCUCACCAGUUGUCAUUAUGGUCCCGAAGAAAUUGCCCCCAUUUCCUGUCCCAGACCAGGAGCACAAUCUUUUAUAUGAGUUGCAGCAUUUGGAAUGGGUAUUCGAUUCAGUUUCUUCACUCGACAGUGCGUGAAAUGAAUCAUAAAUUACCGGUAAUCAAUUUAUUGUUGUCUUUUUUUGGGGGGGGGGAUUACUUGUCAUGGGAUUGAAGGAGUUUCCAGAAUGUUCUGAACUCCUGUUUCCUAGUCAGUCUUAAUUAUAUCAACAAUUAUAAUCGAUAUUUUAAUAUCUGUAUAUAAUAUUGGACCCAUAUUGCCCACUCUAAUUGAUCAUAUUAAGUGAAGAGAUCUUAAAUAUGGCCUUUUAAAGGGCCUUUUUUAUAGUCUUAAAUUGGGAUUCCAUCUGUAAUACGCUCUGGAAUAGAACAUAUUUUAAUUUGUGACGCCUUGAUUUCGACUGGACUCUGAACUAAUCCUCCUCACGCUGACUGACGUUUUCAAAAGCACAAGACUGCAUAAAAAGUAGCAACAUUAAAAAAAAGCAGGUUUUGAUGAACCAUUUUCAGAUAACAGUAUGUGACUAACUGUCACUGCACAUCAUGAGUUUGUUUUGUCUAGAAGGCAAACUGUCCCGUUUGCUGCCGCAAAGAAAAAGAAAAUGCAAUGAACAACGUUAUUGCUAUUAAAUAGCUAUCAGGUGAAUUUUUCAAGCUGGAAAAAACCCGUAGCAAAAGUGCAACUACACUUGAACUCAAAUCAUAUUCAGUGCAAUGCAGUGGCUCAUCUUGUCUCUCAUGACUUGCCUUUACACAUUGAGUUUCUGGUUGCUGUCGCACUUGAUUUAUGCUGUUUUUAUGUUGAUAUUGCCUCUUAAAACAGGCAACAUUGGUUUGCAAUGCCUUUUUUAAAAAUAUAUAUUUUAAGUAACACCAUUGGCUACAUCUGUUUUUUAGAGUACAAUCAUGGAAAUACAUUUUAACCACAUCUCACCAUGGCAAGAUUUCAAUUCCUUUCAGCUUGUUAGCCAGAGCUUUUUGCUAUUGGGUAGGUUUCUUAUUCAUUGUAUGCAAAACGUGAAGGGAUGUCAUCUUUGUGCAAUAAAUAUACUCUUGACGUAGGCCUAGAUGACCGUGAAUUUGAUGGAGCACCAGCUGUUUAUGCGAGUUCCGUAUCCAAACGGGAACGAGCACAACCGUUUUAUCUAUAGAAUCAGCAGAUGCCUGUGUCAACUGUUUGUUUACCUUUGACACUUUGUAUUCCAAGCUGUCGCUCUGACCUCUCACCUGGGAGCUCAUCUUUUUCAAAAUUAAAUAAGAAUUCUUACAACCUG